UGCGCGCGAGGCCAGAACUGCGGGCGCGGGGCAGCACAGCUCGCCCGGCUCCGGCGGGCAGCGUGGCGUCCCCAGCCUGCGACCCCAGGGAUCCUCCUCUUGCUAAGCCGCCUAAGCAGCGGCACAGCGCCGCAUGUGUCCCCACGCAAGCCCCAGACCCGCGGGCCGCACCUAGGGGCGGCAGUCGGUGCCUGGGGAGGACCCCGACUUCCCGCUCCAUCCAAGGCUACUCGAGCGCCGCGGGGCCCUGCAGAGGCCGGCGCAGAAGGGACCAUGAAAGUGAGAUCAGCUGGCAGUGACAGGGAUGUACUGUGUGUCACUGAAGAGGACCUGGCUGGUGAAGACGAGGACAUGCAAUCCUUCCCAUGUACCCAAGAGGGCCGGGCAGGACCCCGCUGCAACCGCUGCCAGAAGAACCUAUCCUUGCACACGUCGGUGCGGAUUUUGUACCUCUUCCUGGCUCUGCUCCUGGUGGCCGUGGCUGUAUUGGCCUCUCUGGUUUUUAGAAAGGUGGACUCUCUCUCAGAAGAUAUCUCCCUGGCCCAGUCCAUCUAUAAUAAGAAGCUUGUGUCAAUGCAAGAAAACCUUCAAGGACUGGACCCAAAAGCCCUGAUCAAUUGUUCCUUUUGCCGUGAGGCUGAGCAGCUGGGGCAAGAGAUCAGGAAGCUCCAGGAGGAGCUGGAGGGCCUUCAGAAGAUGCUGCUGGCCCAGGAGGUCCAGCUGGACCAGACCUCCCAGGCCCAUGAGCUGCUCUCCACCACAAGCAGUCAAAUCUCCCAGGAGAUGGGCAGUUGUUCCUUCUCCAUUCACCAGGUCAAUCAGUCCCUGGGACUCUUCCUGGCACAGGUGAGGGGUUGGCAGGCCACCACAGCAGGCAUGGACAUCACCCUGAAGGACCUCACCCAGGAGUGCUAUGAUGUCAAGGCUGCUGUCCACCAGAUCAACUUCACAGUGGGCCAGACUGCUGAGUGGAUCCAUGGGAUCCAGAGGAAGACAGAUGAGGAGACCCUGACCCUACAGAAGAUAGUCACUGACUGGCAGAACUAUACCAGGCUCUUUGGGGGUCUGCGAAGUACCUCUUCCAAGACUGGAGAAAUAGUCAAGACCAUUCAGGCCACCCUGGGGGUCUCCUCGCAGCGCAUUAGCCAGAAUUCCGAGAGCAUGCAUGAUUUGGUGCUGCAGGUCAUGGGCUUACAGCUACAGCUGGACAACAUCUCUUCCUUUUUGGAUGACCAUGAGGAGAACAUGCAUGACCUCCAGUACCAUACCCGAUAUGCCCAGAAUCGCACAGUGGAAAGGUUCGAGUCUCUGGAAGGACGUAUGGCUUCUCACGAGAUUGAAAUCGGCACCAUCUUCACCAACAUCAAUGCCACUGACAACCACGUGCACAGCAUGCUCAAGUACCUGGACGACGUGCGGCUGUCUUGCACACUGGGCUUCCACACCCAUACUGAGGAGCUCUACUACCUGAAUAAGUCCGUCUCCCUCAUGCUGGGUACUACAGAUCUGCUCAGGGAGCGCUUCAGUCUGCUCAGUGCUCGGUUAGACCUCAAUGUCCGAAACCUCUCCAUGAUCAUGGAGGAAAUGAAGGCUGUGGACACCCACCAUGGAGAAAUCCUUCGCAAUGUCACCGUUAUCCGAGGUGUCCCCGGCCCUCCAGGACCAAGAGGACUCAAAGGAGAUCCAGGCAUGAAAGGACCUGUUGGUAGCAGAGGACCUAAAGGGGAUUCUGGAAGUCUGGGACCCCCAGGACCUCAGGGUCCUCAGGGGCAGCCUGGAGAGCCAGGACCUAUGGGAGAAAGAGGGCCAGCUGGCCCCCGAGGCUUUCCAGGCCUCAAAGGCUCAAAGGGCAGCUUUGGCACUGGAGGACCAAGGGGGCAGCCAGGCCCCAAAGGGGAUGUAGGACCCCCAGGGCCAGAAGGGCCCCCAGGGUCUCCAGGACCUUCAGGGCCUCAGGGAAAGCCAGGGAUUUCAGGAAAGACAGGGUCACCAGGCCAGCGAGGGGCCACAGGGCCUAAGGGGGAACCAGGCAUCCAGGGUCCCCCUGGACUACCUGGACCUCCAGGUCCACCAGGGAACCAGAGCCCCUACUGAAAAAAAAGUCUUUGGCCUGAUGCUGCCAUGCAGGUUAGGGGAGUGGUCAGAGAAAGCAGCCAGAAGGGCUUACUAUCUACAAUCAUUGCUCUUUGGUCCUAAUAUGAGGGUAUCUCUUAGAGCUGACUGCAUAGCCUUAAGCUUCCCAAUAAUGACUGUACCAUAGGAAAACAGCUCACCUCCCCCCUACUUUUUUCUUCUGGCUAAGGGAGGCCUACUGGGUUUCUAUGGCUGGUUAGAAGGAAAGGCUGUGAGAGCCUGCUGGUGGAGGAGGGGAUAGCUACCUGGGGAAGAAUAUCUUAGAUCUCUUGGAUGCUAACUAGCUCUGGUCUCUGCAAUGACUUAACACCCAUGUGAACCAGGUCUUGAAAAAAAAAUCCAGGGAAACCCUUGGGGUAUUAUAGAUGAAAUUCCAGGGAUAGCAGCACCCCCCCCCCCAACACACACACACACACACACACACACACACACACACACACCACUCAUAGUAGAGUCAUGUGAAACUGCCUUGACCCACACAGGGCAGGAGAAUUCUGCCUGGCUGGCUUUCCCAGGCCUUGUGCAUGGAUGGUGACCCUGGCAAGUUCAGAGGGUUUUUAUUCACACGUCCAGAAAAUUCCUCUCUUCAGUCUUACCUCUGUAUCUCAAGAGUGUCCUGGAAGGAACCCAAGCAGAGUUUCAUCAGCAGGCCGAGAGCCUACAGGUACCAGAACAUUCUGCUUGACUGCUAUCCAGCUCCCAGGAAGACCACAGGGCCGGAAGUGGAAGAACACAUCAGAAGUAAACUCCUCUCUCCAAAGCCACCCCUCGUUCAACCUAGUCUGCCAUGCCUUGUUCCCAGUAAUAGCCAAGGAGGAAGAAGCUGGCAACACGGCAGUUCUUGCCUCCUCCUCUUGGUUGCUCUGACACAGAUGCACAGUGACCUCACCCCACAAUGACCUUAAUGGCUGGAGUUCUUUCCCACAUGAACAGCAAGCUGGACCAGGCGUGCAAAAAGCUGAACCUUUGAUGUUACUUCUUGUCUUUCAUGAACUUCUUGUGUACACUGGCAGAAAGGGAUGCUGGGAAAGACCUGCAUUGCCUUAACUUUGUAGAGCUGCCCUGCUCCUUCCUACUCCAGCAGACUCAAACACUUCUGGGCAGAGACUAGAGCUGUCUCCUCCCUUGCCCUGCCUCAGAGACCAGUCUUCUUCUUGUUGUUCAAAGGCUCCUCAUCAACAUCAGUGUGCAACUGGCUUGCACCACCCGUCCUCCCCUGCUGUAUAAUUGUCCUGUCUACAUAUGAUAAUAUCAUGCAACACAGUAUCACUGGCCCAGUAAAGAGCUGUUUCCAGUA